AUGACAAGCAGCAGCAAAACCAGCGUCGUAAUCGUGGGGGCCGGCCCCGUAGGGCUGAUUUUGGCUCUGCGACUCGCCCAGGCGAAGGUCGACGUCACCGUCGUCGAGGCUCAAAACAAAAUAGACGACGCACCGAAAGCCAUAGCUCAACUCCCGGCCAUUCUUUCGGAAUUCAAAAAAGCGGGGAUCCUUGAAGACCUGGUUGCGGCGGCAGGUACACUGGCAAACACGACUUUCGUCUUUCGGAGGACAUCCGACUCCUCCAUCAUCUUCGAACCACCGCAUGACCCCAACCGGCCCGGAGUUUUGCUACUACCGCAGGGAGAGCUCUGUAGGAUUGCUUGUGAGCAUUUGAAGAGGCUUGAAAAUGCCACCGUGCUCAUGGGUCAUGCUUUGCUGUCCUUCGACGAUUCUGCGAACGGCGUCACAGCUAGAGUCUCUACCCCUGACGGCCCCGAGAAAACCAUCACGGCUUCGUUUCUCGUGGGCGCAGACGGAGGUAGAAGCACGGUGCGGAAAUUGGCGGGGAUUGGGUUCGAGGGAGAGACGUUGCCAUGCCAGCUUGUAGCGUCGGACGUCUACUAUGACUUUGCCAGGCAUGGAGGUUUCAAGCAUGCCAACUUCAUGGUGGACAAGGAGAACUAUGGCCUGAUCAGCCAAAUCACGAAUGUCGGAUUGUGGCGCGUAUCCUUCAGCGUUCCUCUGGGGUCCGACAUGAAAGACAUCGAGGCGAUUGCUCCCGAGAGAUAUGAGGCCAUGUUUCCCGGACCGCGGCCGUUGGAGUACACAAUUGAUCGGCUGGCUCCUUACAAGGCGCAACAGCUCUGCGCCACAACCUUCCGCACAGGCAGGGUUCUCUUGGCUGGUGAUGCGGCACACUGCAAGUCCCCCCGCCCCGCCAAGUCCAACGGAUAG